UCGUUGCAGAAUUCCUCAUAUAGAGGCGACACGGACUACAACCACACGGACUACAGUCAUGAAUUCUGGGAUGGGGUACUCGGGUGACCAUAAGCCCCUGAAACUUAUGCUAAUCGUGGGUGUUACCAUAGCUUACACUGCAUACGUUGGAUGCAGUGGUCUUCUCUCUAUGAACAGAAGAUUCUUUGACAUAGAAAACGAUUUCGAAGCCAACAACACAAUCCUCGAUCACGACCUCGAGAUCAACCCGGCCUCCUUUACGUUCUUCGUAGUUUGGGGUAUCAUUUACGUUUGGCAGUUCCUUUGGCUAGGCUACGCCCUCUCCACCCUUUGCAGAUUGACGAAAUAUGGAUAUCUCUACGUUUCACCCAAUAUUUUACCAGCAAGCAUCUUCUUUUUCUUUUUUAUAAACAACGGAUGUGGUGUCGCUUGGUUUUUACUGUACCAGAACUUGUACAUUCCCCACGCAUGUGCAGCCUUGGCUAUGAUGGCGUUCACCCUCUAUUUAUGUUUGUUCAUAUCGAUGCGAGCCUUGAACAAACACGGCGAGAAAUUAGUUGAGCAGCAGAAAGGAUCAGACAUUUGGAUGAUUCGUAUUUUAUGUCACAAUGGACUGGGUAUGUAUGCCACCUGGUGUACAAUUGCAACACUACUUAACUUUGCAACCACUCUUGUAUUCUGGGCGAAUGUUUCUAACGCCAUGGCGAGUACAAUUAGUCUCGCCAUACUCGCCGGUGAGCUACUCCUCUGGGCUAUACUUGACAAUUUUGUGUUGGACAAAUUCACCAGAUACCUCAUCACCCCGUAUAUUGUCGUUGUGUUCGCACUUGUUGGGGUCAUCGUGAAAAACUGGAACCCAGAUACACGUAAUUCAAUAAUGAACGCAGUUCUUUUAGGCGUCGCAAGUGCUUUCCUCUUGAUCAAGAUUAUUAUGGUCAUUUACAGACACAGGAGGAACCCUGUCGACUACGAGAACAAGGGAACGCUGAAACCUAUCCCAUAAAUGAUUUGUACAUGGUUGAACUUUAAGAGAACUCUUGCGAAUCAAUUCUGGACUGAUGGUGGUCGGACCCUUAAAGGCUCUAUGAAAAGUAAACAUUGGACAAAACAACAAUACAGACUAAAGUGGUUAAAAACUAUUCAUUGGGCCUUUAACAGACCGACUUUAGUAGCUAGCAAUAUUAUAACACGUAUGUGGAGUCCAUAGAUAUUAUUCAUUUAAUAUUUUAACGUUUUAAAUAAAAUCAUAUUUUAUACUAAAUAAAA